AUGGCUUCUUUUGGCAACUUCAACGCCGCCCUCAGCAGCUUUCGGGCAGAGGCCACCAAUGCUCUAGUCAAUGUCAAUUUAGAGAUCAACUUUUCCAAAUUCGUGAAACCUCCGCCUGAGUAUGAUGCCAUAGGCCAAAACCUCGCUCGCUCACGGAGGGAUGAAGCACAGAACGGCGCUCGGCACAUUCUUGCACGGAAACUUGGGCUGCUCUUCAAGAAUCAUGCGGCGCUACCUCUUACACCGAACCUCAUCAAAGCAUACGGAGAGAGAGCUUCGGAAAUUGCGAGAAGUUCCACCGCCAAUCCCCGCGGCCAGUCUUCUCAUGGGCCAUUUGCUGAGAUAAUUGGAGCCGAUGCUACUACUUUAUGGGCAGCCGCUACGUCCGGCAGGCGAUCUUUGCAGUGUCACCUUUUGGCAUGUUUUUUAGCUAGAAUGUGGGAGCCCACAGAGGCAACAUCCAUAUGGGUCGAGAUGAUAUCCAGGAGAAGAAAAGAGCUCCAGGAGCAACUUGAAGCAGAUGGUGAACUGGAUAAUGAGGUCUUGUUAGCCGCAAUCAGCGAUUAUGUGCGGUCUGAUAUCCAUAACUGGGACGCCAGUGCUCGAGCUUGGCUUCGUGCUGCAGAUGGCGUUAUGAACAAGCAACAGAUCCAACUGCGGCUCAUUGUGGAUAAUCUAGACAUGCCUGUCAAUAUGAAGCCAGACACGUAUCUUAGUGUUAUCGAGGCAUGGGCUUCUGCAAUGACCCAGAUGGAGAACCUGCUGAUGGGGGUUCCUCUACAGGUCUACAGCGGAGAUAUUCUUGUUGGGUUAUUAUCUUGGCAUAUUUACCCGGACAUGCUCUAUCUUUCUAGAAAAGAUCAGAAGAUUGAUCAAGGUGAUCACCUAGUCAAGGGGCGAGGGAUAUUGACGUUGGGCCUGGAGCCGUCUCCAACGCGAGCAAAAGACUGCCAGUCCGUUUAUUGGGCACUACCUCUGGCUCAUUUACGAUAUUAUGGAUUACCAGUGACACGCAUGACAACUAUCCGACUGUCAGAUAAAGAUCGACUGACGGUUGAUGAAAUGCUUUGGGCAUUUUUAUCAGCCUAUAUCAUUAAAUGGGAUGACGGCAGUGUCCCAGCUCCCGAGCUACUUCAAUAUAUCAGUGAUGUUGCUAUUCAGCUUCAUUGGAACAUGGGAUAUGAAUAUUCGCCAAAGGGCAAGGGGCACCUUGAUGACGAGACCCAGAGGAAAUGGAAGGCAGGCAGAGAAGUCCACAAAAACGAUUCGUGGCUGACAAUGUUUUCGCGUAUUGCACUCCUGUUCAAGGACCGUUUAGAUGACCAGAGAGUCAGGAAGCUGCGGAACAUGGGUCAAAGAUAUUAUCCUCCAGCUUUCAAUCCAUUUCAGGGCAUAUUUGGGGUCGAGACAUUUCUCCAGUCAGCACGACGCACUGAGGAUAUGAUCGGGCUGCUUAGGUUAGCAGCAUUAUCCAUGGCAACCCAAUCAUCACCAUAUGAGUUUUUGAUAGUCUUGAAGAAGAAAUACUUUGAUUCAGCCACAGGAGAAUUUUGUUACGGCUUCGAGUUCGUCACUGCUGUUCCAGAUCAUCAAGUAACUAAGACUGGUUGGGAUACUGAUACUCGGAGACAACAUAGGCGAUGGAUUUCAUCCCACCUUUCAAAGCAGAUCUUGAAGGACCGCCUAGAGCAGAUCAUUUCCUACGGAGAGAAGGCGGAGGUUGUUGGGUCCAUUUCCUACCCUGUCUUCCUACGCAAACCUAAAUCAUCUGGGUUAGGAGAUAGCUCAGAGAGCGGAGCUCAAUACCGGAAUUUCUCGCCGUUUCGCACAACACUUACUGCUCAUUUUGGUCCGAAAGGAACCAAUAAGACUCGACAGUAUAGAGCGGUCUACGGAGAUUCAAACGAGAUUGCCCUGUUGCGUAUGAUACAGGAUCAGCCCGAAAUCCUUCACCCAUCUGGCUCGCCCAAGGAACCAGAAUCCGGCGAGUACAAAUUUGUACUCAAAAUACCCCAGAUCAUGAAGCUUUUCCGGCCCGAAAAUAUCAGGUUCAAAGAUUGUGCCAGAAUGUUCGACCUGAAUGCUCCAGAGCACGACGUGAUUUUAGGCCUGACACUCGUCGAUAGCCUUUACAAGACCUUGCCAAACGCCACAGUAGAUGUUCGAGUGAUCCAGGAAGGCUUUGAACAAGCCCACUGGAUUACUUCGAUGCUUUCACCGCGAUCACGGAGAGUCGUCGUCCAUCAAGCCAGACAUCGCCGCCAGCCUAAGUGUAACCCGCAGGAUCUCACUGUUGCCGAAUGUUUUGCUUGCAUCGCUAUGAUGGAAACUGGCUCAUACAAUUUGCACCCAGAAGACCUGAACAAUGUGUUUGCUCUGUCCUCGGCUGAUUCGCUAUAUAUCUCUUCAGCCGUUCUCGAGGAUCCGGCGACAAACACGUCCAGCGCCCCGAUCCAGAGGCUAGCAGGAAACAUUGGCCGAGCAGGAGUUGCCUUUCUUGUCCCUCCUCAGAACCCCGAAACAAAAUCCUAUGAUACAAUUGAUGAAUGGUACUGCCUUGACCACAAGGACUUUGACGGGGUUGUAGACGACUGCUUUCAGGGCACAAGCUUGCAUCUUUCGUUUUCAGAGGCUUGUCAACCGCUCAAUGUCCAAUUUUCUGGUAACAGAGAUGUUGAGGCUUACUUUAUCGAGGCGCUUGUCUCCGUGUAUGAUCACGGCAAAUGGGUCUCCGAGCUUGAUAUCCUCGGAUCUUUGCGUAGCCAGAGGAUCCUGCGAGAAUACCUACACUCCAAGCCGUGCCAAUGUAGCCCAGCCCAGCCGCUCGGGUCCAGGAUCAUCUCUAUCGACAACUAUGCCGAAAUGGUUGUCCCGCCAAAGGCUCCGGGUAUUGUCCGAGCCAAAGGAAAUUGGCAAGCUCGGCUGGUUGCAGCCGCUAUCUGCAUAGCAAAAGGUCAUUGCGUCAUCUUGAAGUCCGAAAACACGUGUUGGAAUUGUUUUUAUAAAUUGAGCAUGAACGGUCGUUCUGUGCAGGAAGUUUUGAAGCAGACAGAGCAGGGUGCCAUGAUAGUUUUGUAA